GAGAGAUGAAAUUGAGAAGAACUAUUAGUUGAAAAAUGGAAGAGGAACAAGAUAGAUUGUUGCCAAUUGCAAAUGUAGGGAGGAUGAUGAAGCAAAUCUUGCCACCAAGUGCAAAGAUUUCCAAAGAAGCUAAACAAACAAUGCAAGAAUGUGCAACAGAAUUUAUAAGUUUUGUAACUGGCGAAGCAUCUGACAAGUGUCAAAAGGAGAAUCGAAAGACAGUUAAUGGAGAUGACAUCUGUUGGGCUCUCAGUUCUUUAGGGUUUGACAACUACGCUGAGGCUAUAGUUAGGUAUUUACAUAAAUAUAGAGAAGCUGAAAGAGAGAAAGCUUACAAUAAUCAAAACAAAGCUAAUCCUUCCAAUCAAGAAAAAGAUGAUGACAAUCAAGAAGCCAACUCUAAAAGUAGUAGCAGUCAAGAACAGCAGCAGAUCAAUGAAACAAUUCCUUCUACAUUGGAGUUUAGGGUUCUUGAGAAGGGUAAUAGCAGCUCAUGAGAAAUAUUUUGCCUGCUCUUUUAUAAUGAAGAUGGAGAAGAAGACGACGACUUGGAUUUCUCUUGAGAAUUUGUGAUUAAUUUAUAAACUUGUAUCAAUUAGUUUGCAACUCUCAGAAAAUUUUGUAAUAUCUCCCUUUGCGCUUUGGAAUUCACUUCAUCUACUUUUUGUAAGGUUAAUGUAAUUGGAUCUACCUUUAUCACUUCCUAUGAACCUGUUAUAAUAUUAUUAUAAAAAGAAAAGAAGAAAGAGGAUGAACUGUGCUUAGUUUUUCAUUUUAUGUUCAGAGAUUUAUGGGGAAAUACCCAAGUACUCAAAACCUAAUUUCUUCACUCAGUUAAUAGUUGCUGAGCAAAAGUACGUUUUCUUGUUUCUUCUUCUUCUUCCUCUAGCAGCUCUCUCUCUCUCUCUUUGAUCUCAAACCUUGGUACGGAUAUGGAUGUAGAUGACACUAUUACUUCUUCCUGUUCCUGUUAAAAACUUCGAUAGACUUUCUAAUCACAACUUAUAUGAGUAUUACUUUUCA